UAAUACGCCUGCGCACUGGGCCUUGCGCGACCUCUAGGACUUACCCAGCAGGCAACGGUUCUGUCUCGGGUUAAAAUGGCGAGUAGGCCUGCCGUUGCAGCAUCAAGCAAGUGGCUGGAGGGUAUUCGAAAAUGGUAUUACAAUGCUGCCGGGUUCAAUAAACUGGGCUUAAUGCGAGAUGAUACGAUAUAUGAGAAUGAAGAUGUAAAAGAAGCCAUAAGAAGGCUUCCUGAGAACCUUUAUAACGACAGGGUGUUUCGCAUUAAGAGAGCACUGGACCUGACCAUGAGGCAGCAGAUCUUGCCUAAAGAGCAGUGGACAAAAUAUGAGGAGGAUAAAUUCUACCUUGAACCAUAUCUGAAAGAGGUUAUUCGGGAAAGAAAAGAGAGAGAAGAAUGGGCAAAGAAAUAAUCAUGUAGUCUAAAUCUGGAUGCAGCUAUCCUAAAGUAUUUUUAUGAAGUUGGUUAAACCUGAAAUGUACAAUGUAGAACUAUCUGGGCUGUAAAUGUAUUACUUUAAAUAAAUCUCUAUUAUAAUUAU